AUGGAAGAAGUCUACGCGAAAAUUGCUUUUGUAGAAUUAGCUCCGGACAUAUUAGUGCCAUAUGAAUGGCCCGUUAGUCGUGUCUAUGACGUCGUGCUAAGUACGGCGAAAGAGGUCAUCAUGCAGAACACUCAGGAGGACCCAGUUCUCCAAGUGGAUGGUAUCCCGGCCAGGCUGUAUCGAUACGUCAGAAAGCACCGUUUCUACCAUGUCUUCAAGAAAAUACCUCGGGAAAACGUGUAUGGUUGUUAUGUUUACGAUAUCGCUUUGUCUGAAUAUCAAAAUAAGGAUUAUAUGAAAUAUUCCAGCGGGACUAACUCCUGUGAUGACUCUAAGUCAAGACGUACCUGUUCUUACCCCGAAGAUUACACGAUAUCGUAUUAUUACGUUCCUCACCGUUCGUAUGUAUGA